GUUUCCUGAGCUGCUGAGGAACAUGUGAAUACUCCUCUCACGCCAUGACUUCCUGGAGGGGAACAGCUUGCAGGGCAAGGAUGAAUUCACCGUUGGACAGAGAGGAGGACCUUGCGGGGGAAGAACUCAGGCCUUUGGAUCACUACAUACGGGAAGGGCUGAAACAGCUGUAUCAGGAAGAGCUUCUGUGUGAUACGACCAUCGUGGCUGGAGGGGAGCGAUUUCCCUGUCACAGGAUGCUCCUGGCAGCUAUCAACCCCUACUUCCGAGCCAUGUUCUCCAACUCUUUCCGAGAGUCCCAGGAUGGAGAGGUGCGUCUGCAGGACAUGGAUCCCUCCAUCGUGCAAGCGGUGGUGCGCUAUUACUACACGGAGGAGAUAGUACUCACGCCUGAGAUGGCCGAAGACCUCUUUGAAGCCGCCAGCCGCCUUCAGAUUCUUCCUCUGCUGGAGAGCUGUUCCAGGUUCCUCCUGGAGCGCCUCUGCCCGGAGAACUGCCUCAGCGUCUACCAGCUGGGCUACGCGCACAGCGACCCGGCCCUCUUCCAGGAGGCCAAGGGCCUGGUCCACGCGCACUUCAAGCGCCUCUCGCAGGAGGCGGCCAGCUUCCUGGAGCUGAGCCCCAGCCCCCUGGCCAGCAUCCUCUCCUCCGACAGCCUGCUGGUCUCCUCCGAGCUGGUGGUGUACCGGGCCGUGUGGCGCUGGGUGGCGUUCGACCCGCAGGCCGAGACCUGGGAGCGGGUGCCCCUGCUCAAGUUCCUCUACUGCGCGCGCUGCGUGGCGGCCCCCACCCAGCUCUUCGUCACGGGCGGCGUCCACACCGACGACUCCUACUCGGACACGCUGCACGAGUACAGCCCGCUGCGCGGCCGCUGGAGCCAGCUGGCCUCCAUGUCGGUGGCGCGCGCCUCGCACGGCUUCCUGGCCUGCGGGCCGCGGCUCUUCGCGCUGGGCGGCUGGCGCAAGUACGAGGAGUACCUGGACUCGGCCGAGAGCUUCGACCUGGCGCAGCAGCGCUGGGCGCCCAUCGCGCGCAUGCCGCUGGCGCUCAGCCACUUCGCCGCGGCCGCGCUGAAGGGCCGGCUCUACCUGGUGGGCGGCGUGACCGACUCGGUGGGCUCGUGGUACGCCUCGCGCAAGGUGCUCAUCUACGAGGUGGGCGCCGACCUGUGGAGCCAGGUCUUCCUCAACAGCGAGUGCUACUGGGCGGGCGCCGUGGCCAUGAACGAGGGCAUCUACGUGGUGGGCGGCUACUUCCGCAGCCGCGCGCGGCACCGCCACGAGCGCUGGCCCGAAGCGGGCAACCUGCACUGCACGCGCCGCUGCUUCUUCCUGGGCGCCGACGGGCGCGUGGACCGCGGCGUGGCCGUCCCGCGCCUGCCCGUCGAGCUGGCCGGCGCCGGCGUGGUGCGCUGGAAGCAGCGCAUCUACGUGCUGGGCGGCGAGAACACCUACCUGUACAACAGCCGCGAGGGCGAGAGCGACGAGGCGUACUACAACACCGUCUACUACUGGGAGCCCGGCGCGCCCAAGUGGACGCGCUGCCAGGAGCGGCUGGCCUUCACCCACUGGGGCCUGAGCGGCUUUGGCACGCCCACCCUGGAGCUCUUCCGCAAGACCGCCGUGGCCCUCACGGCCGUCGACGCCCCGGGCCCCUAG